AUGGCCGGGGAACGGAAUAUCAACCCCGUUCAGGCUCAACGCAAGGCCGAGAAGGCUCGAGCCAUCAAAAAAGGCAAGGCCGAUGUCCAGAACCGGAAAAACGAGAAACUCGCGCAAAAGAACCCAAACCGGAUACAAAAACAGAUUGACGAUCUCAAAGCGGUUGCGACAAGCGGUGGGAAGCUCACUAAACACGAAGAACAGGUACUGGAGGGCUUGGAAAGAGAUUUGAAGGCAGUAAAUAAGGCACGAGAGAGCCUUGGGGACCGAGCGCCUACAUUCAGCCGGGGCUGGAACCGCGAUCGAGAUUCUGGGCAAGGCGUGCUUGGCAAGAGGAGGCGAGGUGAUCAAGAUGCAUCCAGCAGUGACGAGGACGUUCCUGAGGAUGUCCAGAAAAUUCCCAUGCCACGGGACACGCCCCCGCCUAUUCCGAAAGAAGUUCUAGACGAAUGGUAUGCGAAGCGACGGGCGCGUAGAAAUGCAGAAAAUCCCGAGAAACAAAAGGAGAACGACAAGUCAACAUCGAAACAAGAAACGCCCACCGUGGAGUCCAAGACAGUUUACUCGGCGGCACCUGUCAGUCGCGAUCUCCGAAAAGAGGCCGUCGCUGCAUUUGUUCCCACAGCGGUCAAGAUGAAAAUGGACAAGGGCAAGGGCCAAGGGGGUCUGAUCGAGCCCGAGGAGGCGGAUAGGUUAGAGAGGGAAGGAUAUCUCAAGCUAAAGUCCGAUCAAACUAGCGGUCCGGUUUCCGGGGAAGAUGACACACCGCCCCGUCAUCGAACGGUCACGAUGGAGGAAGUUGAGGACGAGGAAGCUUGA